AUGACUUCCAGACCCAUCAUGACUGCUCCUAUUUGUUUGGUGGGAAACCAGAACGAGCAACUGACAGUGAAUCCAAAAGCAUUAGAAAUUCUUCACAAGAUUUCCCAACCCACAGUGGUAGUGGCCAUUGUGGGGAUGUAUCGUACAGGAAAAUCCUACCUGAUGAACUGCCUGGCAGGGCAGAAGCAUGGCUUCCAUCUGGGCUCCACAGUGAGGUCUGAAACCAAGGGCAUCUGGAUGUGGUGUGUACCUCACCCCUACAAACCCAAUCACACCCUGGUCCUUUUGGACACUGAAGGCCUGGGUGAUGUGGAAAAGGGUGACCCUAAGAAUGACUCAUGGAUCUUUGCCCUGGCUGUACUUCUGAGCAGCACCUUUGUCUACAACAGCAUGUGUACCAUCAACCACCAGGCCUUGGAGCAGCUGCACUAUGUGACUGAACUGACAGAGCUAAUCAAGGCAAAAUCCCCCUCUAAAUCAGAUGAAAUAGAAGACUCCACCGAAUUUGUGAGUUUCUUCCCAGACUUUGUUUGGACCGUUCGAGAUUUCACCUUGGAGUUGAAGCUAGAUGAAUGCACUAUCACUGAGGAUGAAUACCUGGAGAAUGCCUUGAAGCUGAUUCCAGGCAGAAAUCCCCAAAUUGAAAAUUCUAACCGGUCUAGAGAAUGUAUCAGACAUUUCUUCCCAAGAAGGAAGUGCUUUGUGUUUGAUCGUCCUACAAAUGACAAAAUUCAUUUGGCCCACAUUGAAGAAGUGCCAGAUGAGCUGCUAGAUUGUAAUUUCCUGGUGCAAGCAGAAAAAUUCUGUUUUUAUAUCUUCAGUGAAGCAAAGACCAAGACCCUGAGACAGGGAAUCAUUGUCACUGGGAACCGACUGGGAACUCUGGUGAAGACCUAUGUGGAUGCCAUCAACAGUGGAGCGGUGCCUUGUUUGGAGAAUGCGGUAACAACCCUGGCCCAGCAUGAGAACUUGGUAGCUGUGCAGAAGGCAACUGACCACUACAGUCAGCAGAUGGCCCAGCGUGUGAGGUUUCCCACAGAGACGCUUCAGGAGCUGCUGGAUAUCCAUGCAACCUGUGAAAAAGAAUCCAUUGCAAUCUUCCUGGAGCACUCAUUCAAGGAUGAAAAUCAUGAGUUCCACAAAAAACUUAUGGCAGCCAUAGGAAAAAUGAAAGAUGACUUUGUGCUGCAGAAUGAAGAGGCUUCUGUGAAAUACUGUCAAGCUGAGCUGCAGCAGUUGUCAAAAGUCCUGAUGGAAAGCAUUUCGGGAGGAAUUUUCUCUAUUCCAGGAGGACACAAUCUCUAUUUAGAAACAAGGAGGAAGGUUGAAGUAGACUAUGCACAAGUUCCCAGGAAAGGAGUUAAGGCCAACGAGGUCCUCCAGAGAUUUUUGCAGUCACAGGCACCAGUCGAAGAAUCCAUCCUGCAAUCGGACAAAGCCCUCACAGAUGGGGAGAAGGCCAUAGAAGCGGAACGGGCCAAGAUGGAGGCAAUAGAGAAGGAGAAGGAGCUGCUGAAAGAGAAACAGAAGGAGCAGCAACAAAAGAUGGAGGCUCAAGAGAAGAGCUUCAAAGAAAACAUGGAACAAAUGAAAGAGAAGAUGGAAAAGGAAAGAGAAGCACUCCUGAGAGAGCAGGAAAGGGUGCUGGAACAUAAACUUAAGGUCCAAGAAGAAUUUCUUAUGGAAGGAUUUAAAAAGAAGGCUGAGACGUUAAAUAGUGUGAUAUGUCGACUACAAGAAGAUAUUGAAGCAACUAAGAAUCGUUCUGGAUUUGGUGGUUUUCUCGCUGAUUUGGGUGAUGCAUUAAUGUCAGUAAUAUCUCUUCCUGGUAAAUUUAUCCAGACAGUGGCCCAAGGAGAACAGCUUGAAGAAGGAUUUAAAAACAAAGCUGAGAAGUUUAAUAAAGAGAUACAUCCACUAAAAGAAAAGAUUAAAACAACUGAAAAGUCAUUCUCAAAAAUUCCAGUGGUCCUUGAUGUAGUUGGCUCUACUUUAAUGUUGGCACCACCUAGUAACAGUAAGCUUAUCGAGGCAGAGAUGAAAGCUUUCAGUUAUACUUUGGAAAAAGAAAUGGAUAAGGCAAAGACCAUGAAAAUAAAUAGCCGCUAA